UAAAGCUCUUAAGUAUUAAAGAAAUAAUGUUAAUUGUGAGAAGGGAAGAAAAGGCUUCAAGAAAUCUACAUUCUCAACCAGAAUUGUAACACUCUAAAAGCUUAACACACUGUUCUGGAAACCCAAUCCAGUUCCAUGCAGCAGCCUGCUUUUGAGUGUAGGCAGUGAAUAACUGCAGUUAUUCCCUGAUCUAGUAAAGGCAGUUUUAUAGGGUAUUAUUCCUUGUUUGUAAGUACUAGUUUUUCUUCAAGUACUGUGUUUAUAUUAAGGAGCCUCUAUUAAAGCACUGCACUAAGGCUUCAUUCAUCAAGUUUAGAUACCUAUUCUUUGUUUGCUAGGCAUCAUGCCAGGUAUUAGGGAUUUCAGUGGUGCCAAAAUCACUGCUUCCCUGCUUUACUGAGUGAACAGUCUAGUCAACAAGAGUCACAUGGUGACACAAAAGUGGCAGAUGCUAUGAUGGAACAACAUGGUUGAUGAUAGAUAAGGCAGAUAAUUAAGGCCAUUACUGCUAGCAUAUGACUUAAGUCAAUGGCCAGGAAAGACUUCAUUGAAAAGGAUAAUUGAUGGAAAACUUGAAAGGCGUAGUAAACUAGGCAAAGAAGGUGAGAGAAGAGCAUGUUCAAAAGUCCUAUCCAGUGACUGAAAUGGCUCUUUGGUGCAAGUGGAAUGAUUAAGGAUUACGGAGUUGUAGGGAGCUAGAGAAAUACGUAAGGGCUACUAUGCAGGGCUUUAUAGUUAAAUUCCAUGAAGUUAAAGUCGUUUUGUCUUGUAAGAACUAUUGGAAAUCAUUUGAGAUAUUAAAGAUGUUUGUGAGGGGGGAGGGGGGUGUGUGAGUCAUUAAUAAAAUUGACAUUUAAAAAGAACUUGCCAUGUUUAAAACAAUCUAUAGGGAAGAGAUCUAGGAGGCUCAUGAGCCCAUAUGAGAGUUUUAACAUGAACUAAGGGUGGAGAAAAAGGGGACAGAUUCUCCAGAUGGUCUCUCUGUCCUUUGUUGAAUUCUUUAGGCCUCAGUUGUCAGACUUCAUUUCCAGCUAUACUCUUGCCUAGGUGAUUUUGUCCAAUCCCAUGGCUUUGAGUGUCAUCAGCAUUUUAGUCACUUCUAAAUAUUUCCAAGUCCCAAACACCCCUAAACUCGGGAUUCAUACCAACUGAGGAUUCAUGAAACUCAGGAUUCAUCUUGGUUUGAUUUUCUUGAGUCUUCUAAAUAAACCUCUUGAUUAAGCCCAUGCCAGCUUCUUUAUAUCAUCCACAUGCCCAGAGCAAAUAACUUGGGUACCUUGAGUUUUUCUCAUAACCUCUAAUCCUGCAGCAAUCCAUAUUCCAUCUUUAAAAUAUAUCCUGAGUCAACUUGCACUUGGGACUGCCACCACUGCCAGCCUAGAAUAGGUAACUAUAAUAGUUCAUAAUGGUUGUUCCUCUUACCUGCUCACUCAGCAGCCAGAGGGAGCCUUUUAAAAGAGGGCAAAUUAGGUCUUGCCACUCUUCUACCCCUCAGACACUGCUGUUUUUCCAUCCUACUUAGAAUUCUGAGUCUUUGGCCUGUUGAAGCUCUAUUAUCUGGCUUCAUCUACCCCUUUCCCUUUUGCUCACUGUUGUGGCCUCACUAGUUGCUUUGCCAAGAUUUUUUCCAUUUCAGAGACUUUACAUAAUGCAUCUUAGUGGGAGGCUUUUACCUCAAAAUAUUUUCAAGGGUCAUUCAGGUCUUUGCUCCAUUGUGGAUAUUUUAAAAGCUGAAAAACUGGGUAAAGAUAUUUAUGACAGGAUAACAUGGUAUCACUUACCAGGUAUAUCUUCCUUAACUACUAUUUAAAACUAGAAUUAUGUGAACUUCAGGGGCUGGGAGCUUUUGGUACUGUAUCUCAUAUGAACAGUCAUAUUAAGGAAUGGGAUAAUAGAUACUGACUACACAGGUGGUGAUAUCAAUUACAUUGGAAUUGCAGGUGUAUCUGAGGAAGGAAUUUCAGGUAGGAAGGGAAAGAAUGAGUGCAGCUUUGUACAUUGAGUUUGAGGCAUCACAGUGUCAAGCAAGCGGGUACAUUGUGUGCCUGACGUUUAGUGAUUUGGCCCAAAGACAGAAAUGUACAAGUAAGUAUAGAUGGCCCUUGUAGUCAUGUGUUUGGAUGAGUUCUGGGAGCUGGGGGAAUAACUGAACAAGCAGAGCUUCAGAACUGGUGUUCGGAAAAGCUCCAGCAUUCGACGGCCAGAUAGAAGCAUAAAGGGAGCCUGCAAAGCACGGUGGCCACAAUGCUUGGUGGGAAACCUACAGAAUUCCAGGCAGGUCCACAAGAUCAACACUACGGGUGGGGGACGGGGGUUCAAGUUAGGCGAAUGAAAUAGGUCUAUCGAUAGAAUUUUCUCAUCUUGCCACAUUAAAUCAGAUAUGCAAAACUGCACAGAUCCUGGAACCAGGGAUUCUCGCACAACCAGGUUAACAAAACCCUGGACUACUUACCUAACGUGUGCUGCAUCGCACCCUUCUGGGCAUUCAGGCCAGCCCCGGCACAGUGGCAGAUGCUAGGGAUGCAGAGGAUGUAGAUAAUAUAAAUCUUAUAUCGCUGUUCUUAUUUUGCCUUUCGUAACCAGGACAUUUAAAUUCUGAUAUGAAGAUAAAGGCAAAUUGUCUCCAGCACCAGUUACCGUAAGCAGAAGUUAAAAUGUACAGCCGCGAUUUAAGUAAGCUUUAGCCGCGCCGCCUACCGGGUUUCUGACGUCAUCAGUCAGGGACCGUAUUUGAGAAAGGCCUACCUCACUUGUCGCCGCGCCGUUAGUGCGUUCGCGUGCGCACUGCUACCAGCGCCUGAGCUGGACUUGCGUUGCGGCGUGAGGCAACUUUGAGAGCGCCAGUCGGGCAUCCGCUAAAGGCAGCUCACCGGGUCUUCCUCGCGUCUGGAGCUCCUCUGUUCCCCACGUGUUUCCGCCUCGCCACUUACUGGGAUACCCUGGAUUCCCGGCCCAGGGCCUUCCUCAUCCAUUAAUCCUUCUGUGGCAACUCCAGCCCACAUUAGUCUCUCCUUCAUCGGGCAUACACACAUAAAAAGAAAGGGAUAGUCUUUCACCAUGAAUCGGAAGAAGGUGGAUAACCGCAUCCGGAUUCUCAUUGAGAAUGGGGUAGCUGAGAGACAAAGGUCUCUCUUUGUUGUAGUUGGGGAUCGAGGAAAGGAUCAGGUGGUAAUACUACAUCAUAUGCUAUCCAAAGCAACUGUGAAGGCUCGGCCUUCAGUGCUGUGGUGUUAUAAGAAAGAGCUGGGGUUUAGCAGUCACCGGAAGAAAAGAAUGCGACAGCUGCAGAAGAAAAUAAAGAAUGGGACGUUGAACAUAAAGCAAGAUGACCCCUUUGAACUCUUUGUAGCUGCCACAAACAUUCGCUACUGCUACUACAAUGAGACUCACAAGAUCCUUGGCAAUACGUUUGGCAUGUGUGUCCUCCAGGAUUUUGAAGCCUUAACUCCAAAUUUGCUGGCCAGGACUGUAGAAACAGUAGAAGGUGGUGGGCUUGUGGUUAUCCUCCUUCGGACCAUGAAUUCACUGAAGCAGUUGUACACAAUGACCAUGGAUGUACAUUCAAGGUACAGGACUGAGGCCCAUCAGGAUGUAGUGGGAAGAUUUAAUGAGAGGUUUAUUCUCUCUCUGGCCUCUUGUAAGAAGUGUCUUGUCAUUGAUGACCAGCUCAACAUCCUGCCCAUCUCCUCCCACAUUGCCAGCAUCGAGGCCUUAUCUCCACAGACCUCGGAGGAGAGCCUGGGUCCUUCUGAUCUGGAGCUGAAGGAGUUGAAGGAGAGCUUGCAGGACACUCAGCCUGUGGGUGUGUUGGUGGACUGCUGCAGGACCCUCGACCAGGCCAAAGCUGUCUUGAAAUUUAUUGAGGGGAUCUCUGAAAAGACCUUGAGGAGUACUGUUGCACUUACAGCUGCCCGAGGAAGAGGAAAAUCGGCAGCCCUGGGAUUGGCUAUUGCUGGGGCAGUGGCAUUUGGGUACUCCAAUAUCUUUGUCACCUCCCCAAGCCCUGAUAACCUCCACACUCUCUUUGAAUUUGUAUUUAAAGGAUUUGAUGCACUGCAAUAUCAGGAGCAUCUGGAUUAUGAGAUUAUUCAGUCUUUAAAUCCUGAAUUUAACAAAGCAGUAAUCAGAGUGAAUGUAUUCCGGGAACACAGGCAGACCGUUCAGUAUAUACAUCCUGCAGAUGCAGUGAAACUGGGCCAGGCUGAACUUGUUGUGAUUGAUGAAGCUGCUGCCAUCCCUUUACCCCUGGUGAAAAGCCUACUUGGCCCCUACCUUGUUUUCAUGGCAUCCACCAUCAAUGGCUAUGAGGGCACUGGCCGAUCACUGUCCCUCAAGCUAAUUCAGCAGCUCCGCCAACAGAGUGCCCAGAGCCAGAUCAGUACCACUGCUGAGAACAAGACCACGACAACAGCCAGACUGGCAUCAGCUCGAACACUGCAUGAGGUUUCCCUCCAGGAGUCAAUCCGCUAUGCCCCCGGGGACGCAGUGGAGAAGUGGCUCAACGACUUGUUGUGCUUGGAUUGCCUUAGCAUUACUCGGAUAAUAUCAGGCUGCCCCUUGCCUGAUGCCUGUGAACUCUACUAUGUUAAUAGAGACACCCUCUUUUGCUACCACAAGGCCUCUGAAGUUUUCCUCCAACGACUCAUGGCCCUCUAUGUGGCUUCUCACUACAAGAACUCUCCCAAUGAUCUCCAGAUGCUGUCUGAUGCACCUGCUCACCACCUCUUCUGCCUUCUGCCUCCCGUGCCCCCCACUCAGAAUGCCCUUCCGGAAGUGCUUGCUGUCAUCCAGAUGUGCCUGGAGGGGGAGAUUUCUCGCCAGUCCAUCUUGAACAGUUUGUCUCGAGGCAAGAAGGCUUCAGGAGACCUGAUUCCAUGGACGGUGUCGGAACAGUUCCAAGAUCCAGACUUUGGUGGCCUUUCCGGUGGCAGGGUUGUUCGCAUUGCUGUUCAUCCGGAUUAUCAAGGGAUGGGCUAUGGCAGCCGAGCUCUGCAGCUGCUGCAGAUGUACUACGAAGGCAGAUUCCCUUGUCUUGAGGAAAAAGUCCUUGAGAUGUCUCAAGAAAUUCACACCAUAAGCAGUGAGGCGGUCAGCUUGUUGGAAGAGGUCAUUACUCCUCGGAAGGACCUGCCCCCUUUACUCCUCAAAUUGAAUGAGAGGCCAGCUGAACACCUGGAUUACCUGGGUGUUUCUUAUGGCUUGACCCCCAGGCUCCUGAAGUUCUGGAAACGAGCUGGAUUUGUCCCUGUUUAUCUGAGACAGACCCCGAAUGACCUGACUGGAGAACACUCAUGUGUCAUGCUAAAAACACUGACCGAAGAGAACGAGACUGACCAGGGAGCCUGGCUCUCAGCCUUCUGGAAAGAUUUCCGAAGGCGAUUCCUAGCCUUGCUGUCCUACCAGUUCAGCACUUUCUCUCCUCCCCUGGCUCUGAACAUCAUUCAGAACCGAAACAUUGGGAAACCAGCCCAGCCAGCCCUAAGCCGGGAGGAGCUGGAGGCGCUCUUCCUCCCCUAUGACCUGAAGAGGCUGGAGAUGUACUCACGGAACAUGGUGGACUAUCAUCUCAUCAUGGACAUGAUCCCAGCCAUCUCCCGGAUGUAUUUCCUGAACCAGCUGGGGGACCUGUCUCUGUCUGCUGCCCAGUCGGCUCUUCUGCUGGGGAUUGGCCUGCAGCAUAAGUCUGUGGAUCAGCUGGAAAAGGAGAUUGAGCUGCCCUCGGGCCAGCUGAUGGGCCUUUUCAAUCGGAUCAUCCGCAAAGUUGUGAAGCUAUUUAAUGAAGUGCAGGAAAAGGCCAUUGAGGAGCAGAUGGUGGCAGUGAAGGAUGUGGUUAUGGAGCCUACGAUGAAGACCCUGAGUGACGACCUGGAUGAAGCAGCAAAGGAAUUCCAGGAGAAACAUAAGAAAGAAGUAGGAAAACUGAAGAACAUGGACCUGUCUCAGUACAUAAUCCGUGGGGAUGAUGACGAGUGGAAUGAAGUUUUGAACAAAGCUGGGCAGAAUGCCUCAGUCGUCAGCCUGAAAAGUGACAAGAAAAGGAAGUUGGAAGCCAAACGAGAACCCAAACUUAAGAAGUUGAAGAAAAACAGAGAUAUGAAGAACAAAAAAGAUUUGAAACUGAAGCAGAGGAAAUAG